AGCGCAUAUCACGACACCGAAAUUGCUUUCAUGCGAAAAGGGCCAGAGGGUACGACUCAGGCUGCAUUAAACCACUUCUCGGCGCCAGACCUGUUUGAGACCUUCAAACACCCAUACGGCAAGGUCAUUCGCCCAUCACCACCACCACCACCACCACCAACACAAGACAGAUCCCGCAAUGAAGGUCAAAAUCACCCGGUGGAAUACCGUCGCGACGUGGCGGUGGGACAUCCCAGAGGACGACGUCUGUGGCAUCUGCCAAGUCCACUUUGAUGGCACAUGUCCGACCUGCAAAUACCCCGGCGAUGACUGCAGCCUCUUGUCCGGCAAGUGUGGACACAACUUCCAUAUGCACUGCAUCUUGGAGUGGAUCAAGCAGGACGCGGCAAAGGGCCAGUGCCCCAUGUGUCGUCAAAAAUUCGAGUGGACGGACCAGACGAACGAGACAGUUGAGACAUAGGGGCUGUCGCUGUCUCCGUUCUGAUAUGUUUGGUUUGACUGGCGUUUGGCUGGGGCGCAUUGGUUUGAGGUUUGAGAUACCCAGGACUCAUGGUGACACCGUAAGGCAUUGGAACCAGAGUAUGUCAGAGGAGGCCUCACUAGAGGCUAAAGCUUUCUCGAUGAGCAAAGACAAAUCAUCAAAGACACAUUCAAAGAAUAUUCACU